AUGGCUCCCAAUGAAUCUCUUCAGAUUGAGGGGAUCAUCCAUUUGCUGAAGCAUUUUGGAUGGACGUGGGUUGGCCUCUUAAUUCUGGAUGAUGGUAGUGGAGACAAUUUCCUCCGAAUCCUGGACCCUCUUCUUUCUGAGAACAGGAUCUGCUCUGCUUUUAUGGAGAGAAUUGCAAAGCAAGCAUUUUUUUCUAUGUUUCAUGGUUCUGUGGUGGGUAGGAUAAAUGUUUAUUUGCGGGAAACCAUAGUCAACAUGUUCCUCUUCUAUGGGGAAAGCUUGACAGCAAUGGUUCUGCUUCUUUUCCUCAAGUAUACAUACAUGAUCCUUGGGAAAGUUUGGAUUCUGACAGCUCAAAUGGAUUUAACGUUAACAAGUCUGCAUCGGCCCUCUGAUUUGCAAUUGUUUGAUGGAGCGAUUUCCUUUGAUAUUCACUCCAAUGAACUGCCAGGCUUCGACGAAUUCCUUGGGGCCUUCAAGCCAUUCCAGACCCAACGGGAUAGUUUGUUGAAAGACCUCUGGGAACAAGGCUUCGAUUGUGUCUUUUCAGAGAGUAAUAAGCCAGUGGAAAGUGAUGAGGCAUGUACUGGGAAGGAAGAGCUAAAUAACCUUCCUGAGCAUUUAUUUGAAAUGACUGGCCACAGUUACAGCAUCUACAAUGCAGUCUAUGCUGUAGCACAUGGUGUUCAUGGCAUGAACAUACUUAAGCCUAAAUACAAAAGAGUAACAGAAAUGAGAAGGGGUGAACUUCAAGAUCAAGGCAUCUGGAAGCUUCACUGGUUUCUCCAAGGCCUUUCAUUCAACAAUUCGCUUGGAGAAACGGUGUCCAUCGACCCUCAGGGAGAAGUGCUUUCUGGAUUCGAUAUUACAAAUGUGGGCAUGUUUCCAAACAACUCUUACCGCAAAAUGAAAAUCGGAAAGAUGGAUCCCACAACACUUGCAGGAAAGGAAUUUGUCAUUCAUGAAGAUUUAAUUGUUUGGCACAAAGAUUUUAAGCAGGUCUUGCCCCGUUCAGUGUGUAAUGACCCCUGUCCUGCUGGCUAUCAGAAGAAGAAGAAAGAAGGCGAGAAAUUUUGCUGCUAUGAUUGUGAUCCAUGUUCUGAUGGGAAGAUGUCAAAUAUGUCAGACACAAUUGCCUGUUCUGAAUGUCCAGAAGACCAAUAUCCAAGUAAGGACAAAGUUCGAUGCAUCCACAAAACCAUAACUUUUUUAACUUUUGAAGAACCUUUGGGGAUCAGUUUAGUUGCGGUUGCUGUUUUAUUUUCAGUCAUUACUAUGUUCAUACUCGGAAUAUUCAUUAAGUAUAAAGACACCCCUAUUGUUAAAGCAAACAACAAGGACCUCUCCUACAUUCUCCUCAUCUCCCUUCUGCUUUGCUUCCUUUGCUCUUUCCUAUUCAUGGGAAAACCUGUCCAAGUGAUUUGCUUCCUCCGACAAUCCGUGUUUGGCAUUAUCUUCUCUGUGGCCGUUUCUUCUGUGUUGGCCAAAACCAUCAUGGUUAUAGCUGCAUUCAUGGCCACCAAACCAGGGUCCGGCAUGAGAAAAUGGUUAGGAAAAAGAUUGUCCUUCUUAAUUGUCUUCUUCUGCUCCGUCAUUCAAGCAAGCAUUUGUCUGGUGUGGAUGAUCACUUCUCCCCCCUUUCCAGAACUCAACAUGAAAUCAAUGGCUGAAGAGAUCAUAGCAGAAUGUAACGAAGGGUCUGUUGUGAUGUUUUAUCUUGUCUUGGGCUACAUGGGGCUUCUGUCUCUGGUCAGCUUCAUGGUGGCUUUCCUGGCUAGGAACUUGCCCGACACAUUCAAUGAAGCCAAGUUCAUCACUUUCAGCAUGCUGGUGUUUUGCAGUGUUUGGUUGUCUUUUGUUCCCACUUAUUUGAGCACCAAAGGAAAGUAUAUGGUGGCUGUGGAGAUCUUCUCCAUCUUAACUUCUAGUGCUGGGUUAUUGGGAUGUAUCUUUUUCCCCAAAUGCUUCAUUAUUUUGCUGAGGCCUGAGCUCAACAGCAAAGGACAACUUGUAAAGAAAAAGCAUUUUUGA